UAAAUUAUAUAUUUUUUCUUGAUAGACAUGUAUACUCUUAAAUAUUUUCUUAUGGGUUCUUCAUCAUAUAUUUAAAUCAAUUUGAUUUGAAUGCGAUCAUAGGCUAACAAUUCAAGAAAUUGACAUAUAAAAAUUAAUUGUAACACAUAAAAAUUGAAAAAAAUAGGAGAAGGUGUGGAAUUCCCGAAAAAUGGUAAUUGGAACACAAUCUCAAUUCUCACAUUAUCUUUAGCAAAGGAAAAUAUGAAAUUUUAUUGAUGUAUAUGUGGAAUUUGGACACAUAUCAUUCAUCCAAACAACCCUUCAAAAAUCUUGAUAUUAGGUAACAUAAAUACAUAAUAAGCAUUCAACAGUUUUGUCUUCUUGAAUUAGUGAGUUUUUUUUAAUGAUGAAUGAAUAAAAAGAUUUGUUCUUCGAACAAAUUCAACUUUGAUUGCUCAACCAUCCUAUUAACGGCAACGACAAAGAGAUUUAUCGAUCAUGACCGACUAAGAUAACUUUGCAACUCCCCAAAAAUACUAAGGGGUUGAUUGGAGAAAAAGAUUUAUGUUAUAGAUUCAUUGAAUUCAUAAAUUUUUUAAGAAAGUUAUAUUUUUUGGCCUUUUUGUAUUAUGUGUUGUGGUUUUUGAAAUUUCAAAUCUCUAAAAUUUGUGGAUAUCAAAUCUCUCAUUUUUUGAGUCAGUGUCGUGUCAUUUUGCUCCUCGAAACUUUAACAAUGGCCAUGUAGUGACUAAAUAUACUUUUUCAUCGGGAAUUCGCUUGCUUACGGAUUACCACCUUUUUUGGAGUUCUCCUUGUAACUAAGUCGCGUCUUUGUCCCAUGGCCUUUGGACUUGCCUUGAAAAAAAAUGGAGUAUAGGAUGUAAUUUUCAGGUCAAAUAUUUGUUGUGAUUGGAAAAAAAGUCUCUCUCUCUCUCUCUCUCUCUCUCUCUCUCUCUCAUGGGGUUGUGAAUCGUCAUCGUGCCCCGAGGUUGUUACAGGCUUUCCAACGUCGUGCAUGGACGUAGCAUGGCUCUUCGGAUCUCCAUGGCUUUAAAUUCCCCUCCCACAAUGGAGGGUUGUUCUCAAAUCUUCUAUUUUCCCCAAGUCUCUUUCCUUAUGUCUGUGGAUUUGCCCCCCUUCGGUUUCACGACCAUGGAGAUUGCGGUUCAUUUCAAUGAUGAUGAUAAUGUUGCUAGCUUUUGUCGGGGGAUUUGUCGCUUAAUGGUACAGAUCUUUGGAGUUUUGCUUGGGAUUCCUACCCUCAAGACAAUGUUGGUCCGAGCGUGAAAAUUAGAGAGGGAUGUAACAUUUUCCAGGGCGUAUUUGGGGCUUACCCAGUUCAUCUUUUUUUGGAGGAAGAUAUAGGCAAAAGGCGGUCAAGGGAACCCCGUGGAUCUUCCCCAAAUUCAUGUUGGUGCUCCCUCCGUGGGCAUCAUCGUCGCAGGAUGUGGCCCAUCUCCUUCGUUGCGCUCCAUUGGCUGUGCAGAUUUGGCGAUUUCCCUUCGACUAUUUCACGUAGAAAAUGGCAAUUCGGUUGUGCUUGGCAUUGGGCGAGAUAUAUAUUCUCUCCAACUCUCCACCACUCGGUGAUUACUAGUGGCCUCUAUGUUAAGGUGGAGACUGUGCUCGACCUGGCUCUUCCUCUUGCAGAUGAGAUAGCGGCUUCUCACAAUGACCCUACAAAAGGAAGGAUGAGUUACCUCUACUCAUCGAGGUAUGGGAAGGCCAACUUGAUGAUAGAAUCAAACCCCCAAGUGAGUGAGCAAUCGUUGGCCAAGCGGAACCUUCGAUUCACGUGGAUCCAUGCUGGUACCCGGGGGGGUCUCGUUGCUCUCGCUUGACUGGACAUUUCCUGGAACCGUCAACAAGGCCUACAGUUCAAGACUUGGUGAUUGCAGGUGGUCAGGGUUUCUAGUUGGCAGGAAACCCGCAGGCCUCGUCUUAGGAGUAUGGAGAUUCACUUUUGGUCUCUAUCUAUGGUCCAUAGUGUCAGUGAGAGCAGCCGCCACUUUUGGGGGUGAUCUGGUGGAUAUGGAUUUAGCGGGUAGAGGGCCUGAUAGUUUGAGGGAUGGUUCUGUGCCGACCUAUGCUUCUCCCUCUUCAAAGCGUCCUCGUCUAGGCAAUGAUCAUCCCUCUUACUCAACAUCUACUACAACUAAGGUGGCGUCAACAAGCCUUGAUUGGUCACAGCCACAUCCAUAAGUAUCAUCGUCUGGAACUGUAGAGGGAUGGGCUCCCAGUUGACGUUUCGUCAUUGGGUGGAGCAAUUGCUCGUUUCUCUCCUAGUAUGGUCUUUUUGUGUGAAAUAAAAUGGGAUGAUGACUUUGUUCUUAAUAAGUUUGCUAGCUUUGGUUUAAAUAAGUAUGUUAUUUUAGUGCGUCAAAUGGAAGUGGGGUCUUGCGGUAGCAUGGGCUGCCAAUGUCACCGGUACUAUGCAUUUUCUUGGGUCUUUUCUGUGUUUUGUAAAGUGUCUUGUUCCUAUUUUUGGGAGGUUUGUAAUUAUGUUCGUGCACAUAGAUUGUGAUGUGUAUAUUCGUAAGAACCAGUUUAAUGAUAUUAAGAAUUUUAUUUUCUUGGUCUCUGUCUGUCUUUGUUGUUGUUGGCGGUGGUGGUGGUGAAUUUAAUUGUUAGCUUUACUCUACAGAAAAAGUUGGCGGUAAUGUGCCGAUUUGGGCAUGCCUUGAUCAGCUUAGUUCCUUUGUUAAUGUUGUAGGUUUGGUUUAUUUAGGCUAUCAAGGGUCUCUAUUCACAUGGACCAAUUCUUGGUAAGUUGGUGUGCAUACUAUGGAGCGGCUGGACAGAUGUCUCAUAAAUGUCUCAUAGAUGUCACACUUAACUGAUCUAGGAUCUGACCAUUUUAUGCUUCUAGUGCAGUUGUUGAAGCAAAAUCAUCAUUUGCGUACGACAUUCAAAUAUGAUGGGAGGUGGAACUCCAACAUUCAAGCAAAAUCUUAAGUUCCGGGCCUUUACUCAGUUCAAGCAUGCUUGCCAUGAGUUGGUUGCUUGGGCGUCUGUUAAUACGUGCAACUUUACUCGCUGGAUUCACAAAUUCAAGGCGGUUAUUGAGGAAGCAUGAGAGGCAACUUCUGUGGAUUGGGAUUUCAUUAAGCAUUUUGGAAAGCCAGCUUCUGGAUGCUUAUAAACAGAAAGAAUGCUUCUAGAAGCAGAAGUCUCGAGUACAUUGGCAGAAAGAAGGUGAUUCUAAUGCCAAUUUUUUCAUGCGGUUGUUCUACAAAAAUGUAGGAUAAAUUAGAUUGUUGGGUUGCGAGAUGAGGCCCAUGUUAUGCAGCAUAAAGAGGAGGCUAUGGCUGCCAUUGUCAUUUCAUAUUUCUAGUUGUUAUUUACCUCCUACCAAGUGGAUCAUUCUCAAUUCAUUAUGGACUUGGGGUUGGAACGCAUGGUCCUAAAUUCUAAGAAUGCUUUAUGGGUAGCUCCAGUAACUCCAAAGUAGUUAAGCUUGUUGUUUUUCGGAUUGAUAUCAUUCAGGCUCGGGGAUCCGAUGGUUUCACGAGUGUUUCUUCCAAGCUUAUUGGUAUAUUAUCAAUUGAUUGAUAUAAGUGCAGUUGUCCUUUCAUUCCUUAGAUCAGGUCGGCUUCUCCACAACUUCAAAUAUACGUAGAUCUCUCUCCUAUCGAAAGUCCCGCAAUGUAGAUAUGAUGCGGCAACUACAACCAAUUGGUCUUUGUCAGUUAUUCUAUAAAAUUAUUGCAAAGAUUUUAGAUUCAAGACUUGGGUAUGUAUUUCCAGAUAUUGUGACUUCAAAUCAAAAUGGCUUUGUGCAUAUGGUUGGUCUAUCACUGAUAAUAUAUUGAGAGGCCAGGAUAUUAUGCAAUUUUGAAAACUGAGGUGCAGGUACGCGACAAAUGGAUGGCGCUAAAAAUCGAUGUGGAGAAAGCAUAGGACCUUGUUGAUUGGUCCUUCCUUAUUCACAUUAUGCAGCAGAUCAACUUUUGUCAAGAGUGGGUGUGAUUAAUUAAGGCUUGUAUUUCGAAAAUUAGCUUCUCAAGCCUCCGCGAGGUAUUAGACAAGGCAACCCAAUUUCUCCGUUGUUAUUCUCCUUCUAUUCUGAAGCAUUUACAGCGAAUAUAAGCCAUGACAUUGGUGCUUCCGUGUUACCUGGUUGCGAGUGCAUAGGCUGACUUCGGUUAGGAAUAUGAGCGGGUUAGUGGGCCAAAGAUAACAUACAUAAGUCGUCAAUUACUAUUAGCGCAAAUGUUUCUAUGAGCAGCCUUGGGUGCCUUACUUGGAGUGGCGGACUCUAAUUCGAAUAACAGGUAUCUAGGUUGGAGGUAAGAGCAGGAUCUCGACCUUAUUGGGCAUGAAAGUGCGUUCUUCAAGGGAGAGAUCUCAUAUGUUGUGGUCCACGCUGGCGCAUUGGAGAUGGAAAAUCAGUGCUUCUCCUAACAGCUAAGUGGCUCACUUCCAUCCCCCCCCCCCCCCCCACCCCAACCAUCCGUCCUCCCCUACUCAUAUAAUGGGUGUUCAUAUCUUUCAGAAAAUGGUUGCUUAUAUAAUGUUCCUCUUACUCAAACAUGGAAUGAACAUCUUAUUAGGUCUUUUUGUGCCUGAUUCGUUCUCUCUCAUCCUUUCAAUUCCCCUACAUUCGCAGCCAAUUCCGGACAAACUAAUUUGGUAUUAAUUAGCGACUUGCCACAGAUAGUUCCUGUUUGGUGUGUUCCGAAGGAUUCGAAAUUAUUAUUCUCUUUCCUUGUCUGUAGAGUUGCGCGUGAACUGUGGGAUUUAGCUGGAAUGUGUCUACUUCAGCAAAGACUAGCUAUGUUGGUGCACUCGGAGUGCUGGCAGGCAUUAUUUGCAUUACGUGAUGCAACUCCUAUCCUUAUGUGAUGUAGUUAACUGGUGUUUGCUCUAUGGUUUUUUGCAUGACAAUUUUUGUGGUGAUUGUCAAUCUUUGGUUCGGUGCACUCAAGAGUGAGAUACUUUGCAUGCUUCUUGUAGAGCUCUUCUGUAAGAAUUUCACAGGUGUUGGGGGAUAGUCGGUGGAUCUAUGGUGAGAUUGGCAGAUAAGUGUUGGGCAAAUCUGAAUAUGGUGAAGGACGUUAACUCAACUAUCCAGUCCUGAUUCCCAAGACCCCGAUGCCCAUGCUUAUCAAGCAGUUCAGGCCAAUCGGUUUAUGUUCCAACGAAUCAACGUGCAACGCUAAGUGCAGAGCUAGAGAUCUCGCAGUGAUGAAUUGGUAGUGAUCUAUUCAACCUAGGGGAAUAUAAUUUAAAUUCUAUA